ACCGGCCCAGAUCGGUCCAGAUUAUGAAGAUGAAAGAAUAUCGGUUCGGAUUGUUAAAAGACUGGACCAGUCUGGACUAAACCAUCGUUACCUUAUUUGUCUUGUACCGGUCCAGAUUGGUCCAGAUUAUCAAAAUGAAAAGAAUAUCGUCUGGACUAAACCAUCGUUACCUGAUGUGGGGGAUAUAACGAACAUUCCCUUAUAA